AUGCCCAGCAUAUUCUCUCGCUCACGAACGAAUUCAACUCCCAAGAGACCAACCGACAGCCCAUUUGACGAGUUUGGCCGAAUUACCAGCAGAGGCUCCGCUCGGGGCCUCACAGCCUCGCCGCAAUCAACGAGCAAGAAAGAGAAGAGAAAAGAUUCAAAGGAAAAGUCCAGGUCGAAGGCAUCGCCAACCGAGUACGAUGUACCUGAGAUUGCCAUCCCCGACGGCACGUUCCUGCCGCUUAAUUUCGACCCUCCACGAGUCGAAGUCACCGGGGAGUCCAACGAACCUCGGACGAGCAACAACGACUAUGGACAUUUGUCGUACGGACGGCAUGUAGUACUUGGACUGGAGCAGGUCGCGCGGCUCGUGGAUGUGGUGGGGAACGAGCUGGGCAUGCGCGGGCUCACAACGCCAUUCAUAUUCUCGACGCUUGCUCUAGAUGUCUCCGCUAACGCGGUGAGGAGGCUGAUUCAAGCAUUUCUUAGGACGUGCAGCAAGCCAUCGAACGAGGCCGACUGGCAGUGGCGGGAGGAGGCACGCCUGGCCGGCCCACACGAACUGGGGAUGUGUCUUCGCUGGGGACUUGCACGAGUGGUGCGGAUCAUGGGCGGACAAGAGGUGCGCGGACUAGUUGCAUACGAGAGCUACUUGGAGUGGCGGGAUGCAGAGGCAGGUGCGUAUGUUGUCGCUGAAUCUCUGUAUGCAUUUAGACAUAAAUUCCUUACUGCCACAGCCCUGAAUUAUCCGGAGCGCCACUUUGCAGCACUAGUGGCACCCUUGCAGCCAAUUUUGCGGUCGAUUAUUGUUGGGCUGCUGAGUCUGCUCACGCGAUUCACAGCGCACUCAGCCUCGUCCGGACACACACCGCCCACGUUAUCACCGUUGUUCGGCCCUCUGCUGUUCGGUCUCGGUCUCUCGACGCUGACUUUCCAUCAAGCAUACAUGUACUACUUGCGCGCGACGACGGCCACAGAACAUCUGAUUCUGGCAUUUAUCCGGUGGCAGGACGCGUCGGGAGCAGGAGUCAGCGGAAUACCUACACGACUUAAGGCGUGGAUUCAGGGCUACCCUGCAACGCUACCCGAAGCGGGAAAAUUUGAUCGCAGGCCAGAACCACGGCGGGGUGCGCGAACAGUGCGGGUGAUGAGCGUGCGGCGGAACGUGCGGAUGUACUCGCCCGACCUGGUCAAAUCUGCCGCGGCCUGGGCGCAAGGCCAACGUGGGGCGACAGCGAGCUCAUCGAUGGGGGGUCGUGCAUUUGCAGGAUCAAAGGAGUGGGAGCGAAUUUCUCCCCCGACUCUCAAGCUCCCACCGCGGUACUCAGACGCAUAUAAGAAGCGUAUGGACCUCCCACCAAACUUCCAUCCUGACAGCGGGACGAGUUCGGCUUCCUCGACGAUCAGUGCGCCAUCGUUAUCGUCGUCGGUGUCUACAGCCUCGUCUAUCACAAUUGACGAAAAGGAGCACGGUUUUUUGGGGACAAGGGCAGGCGAGGAUCGGUUCAGAAGUCUGACGGAUCUGAAAUGGGGCGAGUUUGAGAUCAUGGGUUUUGGGGAUCUGGGUGCUGAUGAGAAGAAGCUGCAGUUCGAUCUGACUGAGGGCGCGCGAGCGGCACGCGCAGCGAAACGUUCGACACUCAGCUGGCAAGAUUUCUCCUCUGCAGGUUUCUCGCGCUCCGAUGCGCCACUAAAUGCUACGCUGCAGUUUAGUACGCCUGUGACAAACACAGUGAAUGCUUGGCCCCUCCACUCAGUAGAAAUCCAUCGCAAGCUCAAGAAGACGCAGAAAUCUCUCCCUGUAUUUGGAUGGGAUAUUGAACCUGUGCUAGGUUCGGAAGAAGUGAUCGAGGAAGCCUUCGUGGACGUAUUUUGCGAUCUGGUUUAUGGUGGAGGAUGGAUGGAUAUCGAGAGAUGUGAAGAAGUGGACCGGGAUUGCAAUUGGGCUCUGAUCGAGUUUAAGUCGCUACCCGUAUCUAAAACAAAUACGGUGUCAGGGACCACCGACCCGCGCACGUCAACCACAUUGGUACUAUUUGAAGAGUUCGUACCAUUGGAAUACAGGCAGCAACUCGCAACAUCGGGAACACGCCGGCGCCGAUUGCCCUCUCUAUUCGGCACAUCUUCAAAAUCAAAGCAAUGGAAACAGGCCCCCACGCUGAAUGGCAGACCGUACGUCGUCGGACAUGUUCCAAUUAGUCCCUCAUAUCGUGAAGUGGAAUUCGAGGGUCUUCUCCGCGACAACGGAAGUGCUACCAAAAUCAUAUCACUUAACCAAGGUAGGCUGUCACCUUCACCAAGCAACCAAGCAACUCCAGGUCACUCCCAGCUUCCCAUUCCCCCCGCCAAUAAUUCGCAGUUGUUGGCGCCCCCUGUACCCAAGCUGCGCCUUAAUACUCAAACUCCUCCGCCAAUCCCAAAUCGUGCCAAACACCGAGAGGAGACAGCGUCACCUUCUCCAAUGCACAGGAGACAUUCGCGCUUCCGACUGCCAACAGGGCUGCCAGUAAGUCCAGGCAGCUCGCGGAGGCUACCGUUUCCACCUGCUGAGUACGAGUCUGUGGACUUUGAUGCGCGCCUUGCUAGCUUCUCGGAUGACGAGCUUAAUAUUGGACUUGACAAGCACCAUCGUCGACGGUCCAAGGAUGACGCAUGGGUCGAUAUCUUAGUGGCGAACAAUAACCGCCGCAUGCAAAGUCAAGAAGUAGAUAUGAGGAACGGUCACAAGCUUCGGAGUCGCCGUUCUGACCCUGAACUAGCGAGCCAAGAGGUUUCGGAGGUGUUGGCGGCGAUGCGCGGACAAACACCAUCGGACGAGGAGGACGAGGGCAUGGAACCUGUAGAUGGACCAAGUGACUUUGGGAGAGAAACUGAAGAUGACAGCCGAACCAUUGAAGAAUCCAUACUCGAACGGGGUCAUGCAUCGGUGCCGGAGCGGGAUUCCGCUUUGUAUGGUGGCGACGAUGAGGACGACGAGCCUGUAGUAAUGCCCACCCGCACGAAACGCUUGGGUUAUUUCGACAUGCAUCCUGAUCGCAGACCAAAGAAUGAUAGUGAUCAGCCACAGAUUCGUCUUGAGCGGACAUCAAUGGACAGCGACGCUUUCUCCCAAGAUGACAGAAUGGACGCUCCUUCGUCCAGUUCUACGCCGCGUAUAGAUGAUAUCUCAUCGACAUUUCCUUCCGACGCCGAUGGCGAUUCUCAAGUGACACCGAGUGCCUCCCAGGUCGAUCUCAGCGAUGCCUCGAACCCAGGGGAGGUGAGACGAUUUGCCCUUGGUGGAGCUGCCAGUGCUUCCUCUGCAAAUAUCCAAUCACAGCCUACUGAGAACCAAUCACUUCUUCCUCCGGCAUCGAGCUCCAGCUCACUGAAGCCGACUGCCAGUAGAACUGCUUCGCUGAUUGAAAUGUACCGCGAGCGCGAGCGUAGCGCCACUGCUCCUGGUCCGGCUAGUGCUUCUCGGCUUCCCGUACGCUCGGCUUCCCUCCAACCUCCUGGAUCAGUGCCGCUCGCGCUUAGACCCGGCGUACAGCCUGCAGCUACUCCCGAGAUUACUGAUACGGAGCCCGAGGAAUCGGACAUCGACCCGGAGCUUGUUUUGAAUCCUCCUGAGCCCAACCUGCCGAUUCGCUACAUCCACGGUGCGCCCCUCCAUAAUGUACUGGAAGAGGAGGAAGAGGACUAA